UCUAUCAAACAUUCAAACAAGAUGUGCCACAGAUCCGGCAGCAAGAUGAGAGGCAAGGCAGCACUGAUCUUGCUCCUCGCCAUCCUUGUAUGCCAUGCGUUCUCCUCUGCACACGCCAUCCGUCAGCCAGAUGACUGGCACGAUAUACUGCGCAAGGAGUGUAAGCUGAGUGUGUGCCAUGAAAUCGGAGGGCACAAGAGUUGCUUCUGCUGCUUGGCGACGCCCGACAGUCCUUGUUGGUUCAAGGAGGACGAGUGCAAGAAGGUCUGCUCGCAGGUGCAGCUGCCACCAUCCUCUUCUGCCGGCACCAAUCAAAUAGUGCCGUGAGAUCUUUGCAACGAAGGCAAUAUAUAGGAGAUCACGCCGUGCUUUUGUUUUCAAAAUGAAUCGAAUGGGUCGUCUAAUGUUGUAUCUCCUUUCAAAAAAUUGUGUAAGGAAUUGAGUCAAGAAAUCAAGCUUUUCCCUGAUUA